GCCGCGGCGCGCAAGAUGGCGGCUGCACACAAGAUGGCGGCGGCGCGGCGACGGCGGCUGUUGCCCGCCUGGAUGGGGGCGGCGGGGGAAGGCGAGCGGCGGGCGGGGGGACCGGGCCGGGUCGGGCGGCGGCGGCGACAGAAAGCGGCGGCGGAGCCCAGGGCGGCGACCGUGUACUGCAUGAACGAGGCGGAGCUGGUGGACGUGGCGCUGGGGGUGCUGGCCGAGAGCUUGCAGCGUAAGGGAGCUGAGGAGGAGGCCUGCAGCGGGAGCCAAGAGGAGCAGGACCUUCAUCAGCAGGUGGAACAGGAGCUGCAGGCAGCACCGAGCCAGGCUCCCGAAGGCACAGCCAGCGUGAAGGAAGGCAGCCACCACAGCCCGGGCCCCCCAUCUUCUUCUGGUGCUAGCACGGAUGCAGAGAGGACUGGCCUUGAUGACUCUGAUGAUGAUGCUCUGAAAUAUGUCAGGGAGAUCUUCUUCACUUAGCAUUGCCUCUACACAGCUGUGCAGGCAAGGACGGGAUUAAGAGAGCACAGCCCAUCAAGAAGGAAAAUUGGAUGCCCUCAGAGAGGGCAUUCCUGGGUCACGUGUCAGGCAGUGUCCUGCUGGUCUCCCUUAACCUCACAUCUUGUCACUGUGACGCUACAAACCCUCACAAACAGCAACAGAGGGAGUGGAGAAAUGUUACUGUGUAAACUCAAGGAUAGUGAAGUAUGCUGGCCGCUAAUGGGAGCCUGGGUUGAGUCUGAGGUCAUCAUGAGCGCCAAGCUUGUGUUGGAUGGGACCGAACACAGGGCAGUAACGGAGGGAGUGCAUACUUGCUAUGGGCAUGAACUGCCUGUAAGCUAAGCUGUGGACCAGCAGCCCGCCUGUAAGUGGGAUUCCUUUGAUGCCAGCUGCUAGAAAAGUCAAGGUUCAGCUCGCAGUAAGAACAUCCCAAGGAAGAUCGAUACCAGCAAGGUGGUUCAUGUGAUGUGGGCAAGAGUGGUAACUCAUGCACCCAUGUUACUUUGAAUAAAGAUUUGAAGAAACAAACUAUUUUGUAAGUACCUGCUUAGCUCCAGGGGAGAAGAACUAAAUAAACUUUUUUUUCUUGUUUUUA